AUGGCCAAUGCCUAUAAACUCUCACAAGAGCAGAUCGAUCACUUCAUGCGGUUUGGGUACGUGCGAGUACUAGACUGCUUCUCACAGGCCAAAGCAAACGAAUGGGCAGGCGAUGUGUGGUCGAGACUCGGCUAUUCGCCAACGGACAAGUCUACCUGGACAAAUGAGAUGACUUGGAUGAGCGACACCAAACAAGAAGCCGUCAAGACAUUUGCCCCAAAGGCAUGGGCCACCAUCUGCGAACUUCUCGGCGGCGAAGACCGCGUAGCACCCGAAUCGGCCACCUGGAACGAUGCCUUUAUCAUUAAUCUCGGCUCGCCCGAGACCGAAGGGCAAUGGUCCAAUCCUGCUGAUCUGCCGGGGUGGCAUGUGGAUGGCGACUUUUUCACGCAUUUCCUUGAUUCGCCCGAGCAGGCUUUGCUAGUCAUACCUCUGUUCUCCGAUAUCAAGGAUCGUGCAGGUGGCACUAUGGUCUGUCCGGAUGCGCUUAAGUUUAUUGCCCAACACAUGUACAAUCAUCCGGAGGGUGUGACUCCCUAUAUGCUCCCACGUGGCGAACAGCCUCUUAGUAAUCCUAUGGAGACUUCUUUUUAUUCGGAUAUUGUGAAGCAGUGCUCGGAGUUUCAUCAAAUGACUGGUAAGAUUGGCGAUGUUAUUCUUGUUCACCCUUUGAUGGUUCACUCGGUUUCUGUCAACGGCCUGAGACAUCCCCGUGUCAUCACCAAUCCACCGGCUCAAUUGAAAAAGCCAUUCAAUUUUGACCGCAGUGAUCCUACCAAGUACAGUCUUGUUGAAAAGAAAACUCUGUCCCUAUUGGGUAAAAAAAGACUAGCCGGUUGGAAGAUCCAAGGCCAAAGGGAGUAUGUUACUCCUGAGAGGCUGAAGUAA